UCUCAUCAGGAAAUCUUCUCAAUCUCGACCAUGGACAAAAAAUACUUUUCCAUUGACUUUGGCGAGGGUCACAGGGGAAUGAACCCCAACAUCAUUCCUCACCCUACGCUGGCAGAUACGUGGAUCGUGGUGGCACAGCUGGCGCGGGGAGCAGACGAACAAACCGUCUACUUUACAGAACUCAUGUGUAAUGCCGCUUUCCAGGAUCAAGUCUUGCGGUGUCUUGAGCCUCCGACAGCACUUCCUGUUGCUCCAACAGAAGGUGGCAAAUGUGAAGGCGAUCUAGCCUUCUUCACCUUCAACGUCGGCCCUCACGAUGCCCGCGUUCUUUACGGACCGGAGUCCCCGUACAUUGUGUACGGGUCGAAUUCCCAGUUCACUUGCUUUGGCCAGUUUAUCCAAGACUUUCGCGAACUUGUUGACUGGACAGGCCAAUGGGGUGGCUCAAAGCAUUUCCUCAGGGGCACAGAGUUACAGCGACCUCUGCCAUGGUAUGCCGUUGAGAAAAACUGGUUCCCUUUCUGGGAUCCUGCGGGUCAGAUGUAUAUUCACUACGACGUCGCGCCAAAACGAGUCUUUGCUCAAGUCGCACCAGAUGGCUCAGCCAGCGUCAACCUAGCAGUGCUCACCGAAGAAGAGGAUAACAAGUGUCUGGCGAAAUAUUUGCCCAAAACAAUCUCCGACAACGAAUCAGUCCACCAAGCAAGCAACUCGCUCAAGGUUACCAUGUGCAAGCGGACAGACGCAAUUUGCAUUGCCGACAAAAGCAACACCUUUAUUUUCACCAUCUGGCAGCACAAGUCGUUUUACAACUGGCACGCAGUUUACGAGCCGUACGUUAUGCUCUUCCAACAGCAGGCGCCUUUUACCAUGCACGCCAUGUCGAAGCGGCCAAUCUGGAUCCACGGCCGCCAGCAGUACCCAGAUCGCCUUACUUCAGAGAUGAUUUACGUUACGUCGAUUGCUUGGAAGAGCCCCUUUGUCAAGUAUCACGGAUACCUAGACGACGAGCUCUUCAUUGGAUUUGGCAUUGAGGAUAAGGCGUCUGGAGCUAUUGACAUUACGGCGGAGGAGCUGUUGUCGGGACUUGGGCUUUGC